ACUGUGCUCGUUACGCCUUUGAUUCGAAUGCAGGGAGAUGCCACCUUGAGGCCAGCCCCGCCCCCCGCUCACGCACACGCACACGCAGGUGUCUGACGCCAGGCAAACUCCUUCUCACACACUGAAAACACAUUAUACUGGUAGUUUUGAUGCCUUUGGACAAGUGCGGAGGUGAUAUGGAUGCCGCGGCUUACAGUGCCACUAGGGCCGUCAUAGACACUGCCAUAAACACGGCUCUUCAGCUGUUCUGUCCACCUGGAAAGCCUCUAACAAAGCCAGUGUCACAGGGAGCAGUGGUGAUAAUGGUGGCUCAAGAGGCCACCAGAAAAAUCCACAGUAUCUUUGUGCAGCUGCUGAGGCGUGAGACCCAGGCCCUGCAGAACAGACUGAGCCUAGAGGAGACCCACAGGGGGAGCCAGAGAAGCAAACUGAGGCUAGAUGAGAGCCACAGGAGGAGCAUCCCAGAGGAGGGUCAGAGCACCUUGCAGGAGAGGGUCUGUGUAAGGAGCACUACUGAGCAAGCACCAGAGAAGACUUCUUCUGAGAAGCAAAGCCCACAAAAUCCUGACUCCACUGUCCAAGUUCAGAACAAGAAGUCUGCACAAACUGCAGGGGGCAGUGCUGAGCCGCAGUCUGCGCUGGUCUGUGAGCACUGCACAGGCAUAUUCACUCAACACAGCCACUUAGAGCUCCACCUGCAGGAACACUGUGACAACAAACCCAACCCCUUCAAGUGCAGCAUCUGUGACAAGACGUUCAAGAACAAAGUGUAUCUGAAGACCCACCAACAGCUACACAGUGACUCUAGACCUUUUUCCUGCUCCACCUGUGGGAAGGCCUUCAAGACCAAGUCGUACCUGAGUGCCCAUGUGGCUGUGCACUCCGGACACAAGCCUCACCCGUGCUCUGAGUGCGGGAAGAGCUUUAGAAGCGCCUUCGCCCUCAAGAGCCACGAGAGCAGCCAUUCAAGAGAGCAGCCCUACAUGUGUUCCCAGUGUGACAAGAGCUUCAAGCUGAAGCGCUCUCUCCAGCUGCACCAGUCUGUACACAAUGGCCGGAGCUUCAGCUGUGAGCUGUGUGGAGCCCGCUUCACCUUUCAGCAGAACCUCAAGCGCCACAUGCGCAUUCACAGCGGCGAGCGGCCCUUCAAGUGUCCCAUCUGCAGCAAGAGCUUUGUCCAGAACAAGCUCAAGGCCCACAUGCUCAUUCACGGGGCUCCCAAGACCUUUAUGUGUGACCUGUGCGGGCGCACCUUUCUCUACAACUUCCAGCUCCAGCGACAUCAGAAGCAAGUCCAUGAGAAGGAGCACCAGGGGGGAGUGAGAGGCAGGGGGCAGAUUGGAGGUCAGAGCAGAGCGGGGCAGCGGCGGGUCAUCCUGCGCCUGGACAAGACCACCCUGGACGUGACUCCCUUCAGCUGUGAUACCUGUCACCGGAGCUUUGAGGAUGCCAGCGCCCUGCACAAGCACCAGCUCAUCCACUCUGACAUGAAGCAGUACAAGUGCCAUCUGUGUCCAAAGACCUUCUUCUACAAAGCCACAUACAACUACCACCUGCGGCUGCACUCUGGUGAGCGACCCUUUCAGUGUGACAUGUGUGAGAAGGCCUUCAUCAACCAGCAGGCUCUGAAGAGCCACCGCCUGCAGCAUACGGGGGAGAAACCUCACCAGUGCCAGCACUGUGGGAAGGCCUUCAGAGUCCAGGCCAACUACCGCAAGCACUUGCUCAUACACUCAGGACACAAGCCAUACGAGUGUGAGGUGUGUGGGGCACGCUUCAGACAGCUCACACAUGUACAGUUCCACAUGCAGGUGCACACAGGCCAGAGACCCUACUCCUGCUCCAGCUGUGGCCUAGGAUUCUCUGACUCCCGCCUGCUCAAGAAGCACAGCUGUGGGAUGCAGCAGCCCGGACUGUGGGCCCACCUGCCUCACUGAGCUCCCCUUACAUGGAACAUUCAUCUAAUCAACUGCUCCUCUAAUUAGCAGCAAAAAUAUCUCCAACAACAAAAGGGUUGGGUUACAGUUCACACUGUCAACAUAAUUUAUUUCAGCAAUAAAUCAUUUUUAGAUCAGA